GAAGUGAGAAAUCUACCACAAAAAAUAAAGAAAAGUGUGUAUUGUAUGUAUUAUCCACAACAAAAGACGUGAGAGUGAGAAAGGAGAAGAAAAAAAUGGCGAACUUAGCAACAGCCUCUGUUCAACUCUCAAACCCGUUUCCACUUUCUUCUUCCUCCAAAUCUCUUCUACGCAGACCCUUCCUUCUCUUCACCACACGAGCCACCGAACCUCAAACACCACCCUCCGAUUCGGAUCCAUCCGAACCCACCGCCACCGGAGAAGACUUCGACGACCGCAUUAACCAACUGCGUAUUCGUUACAAGAGAGGCACCGGCAAGAAAGCAGAAAUCCGAAAAAGCAAAAAAUCUAAUAAGGCUGCAUCGGGGUCGGGACCGGGUUCCGGCGUGUAUCUUCCGCCGGUGCCGCUGAAAGAACCGGUUUCCGGUGGGUUGAAGGUGGAGUUAGGGUUUAGCAGAUACAGCGAGAGAUUGAAUGGUCGAAUUGCGUUACUUGGAUUAACGGCACUGUUGUUGGUGGAGCUUGCAACUGGGAAAGGUGUUAUCAAUUAUCACACACCUGGGACUGUCAUUAUUCAGUUAUAUUUUAUGGCUUCUGUUACUGCUAUUUAUGUUAAGCUUGAAAAAGAGAAAAUCAGUGUUUGGCCUGAUAAUUCUUCUUCAAAUAAUUAAUUAAUGUUUGUGCAUUUUCAAUUCAAUAACUAUGUUACUUUACUUGUUAAUUAAUUAAUUAAUUUUGUUUUUGUUGAGCUUCAAUUUGUACCAUACUACAAUGAAAAUAUAUACCCCAUUGUUUGUAUUUGCUUUCUAA